AGAAGGCGCGCUUCAUUGGCCUUCGGAUUAUGAUGUUACGAGAGAUCCAAGAUGCGCUGGGUGGGAAGUCACCAACUGUCCAUGAAGAAAAAAAUAAAAGAUUUUGGAGGUGUCCUCAACCAAACUGUCACGGCCUUGCUUGUCCCACUGACUUCAGGUGUACUAUGUGCAACAAAGUUAUUGAUUUAUCGGAUACCUCUCUGAAGUCUUCUGCUAAAACAGAACCUGUCAUACCAUCAUCCAAUGGUACACCGUCAGUGAAGAGAUCAAGGAUGGCCAACAACACCCACCUUGUUCCUCUUAACAUAUUCAGUAUCGGAAGGUCAGGGAUUUUUGAUGGCCGUGCUGAAGAUUGUUGCAUCAGUUCAUCUUCCAUUUCAUGCAAAGUUAAAGUAGAAGGCGUGUGGACUAGUGUCACCAUCCAAUACAAUAAUAUGGAAAUGCUUGUUUUCUGCGAAACCCUCCAAGUGAUUUUCGUCAAACCAUCCAUUUCUUUCAAGACACAGCUUUCUGAAUUGCUUAGAAUCAGGGAAUUCAUUUUGCCAAGCGUCAAAUGGUUAAUUUUGGUAUUCCGGGAACCAUCUGCUAGUGACUUGUUGUAUGUAACAGUAGAUGAUCUCGAAGGUUUAGCUAAUCGAGUUCGUGAAAAUGGAUCUUGUGACAUAAAUUGUAGUGCAGAAAAGGCUAGAGAAAUUCUUUCUAGUUGUGGCCUUCGUUUGCCACGUGCUGAAUCUAAAAGGACUAAUUCAACUUCUCGUGAGUCUCAAAUUUCUAACCAAGCUGAUCAAGCUCAAACCAAGUCUGAUAAGCAUCCCAUUUCAAAUUUGGAAUCUAGUUCAUCCCAAGUUGACAAACACGCAAAUGAGGGAGGUCUGCUAACUGAUGUAAUAAAUACUCUUACUCAUUCCGGUAUCCAACUGACAAAUAACUCAAGUUCACUUCCUCAGGAAAGCGAAAAUACUGUCCAAGGAAAACUGACAAUAGGUGAAUGUAAUAAAGAAUGUGACGAUUUAAUCAUUCUCUGUGAAGAAAAUACUGGCGAAUGUAUUCAGAGUGCUAGGUCAUCUGCUUUGACUAACAGUGGCAAUCCUCAAACUGAAUCAUCUACGAAUCCUGAUGACGAUUCCUUGAAGUUCGACUACAAACCUCCUGGGUCUACUGACAGUAUAACAAUAACCAAUAAUGAUAUUGAGUGUCUUGCACCUGGAGCUCUUUUAAAUGAUGCUAUAAUUAACUUCUAUCUCAAAUAUUUGUAUUUCGAGAAGCUCACAAGUUUCCAAAAACAAGCCACUUAUUUGUUCAAUGUAUUUUUCUACAGUCGGUUGGCGAGUGGUGGUUAUAUAUCGAGUGAUGUACGUGGUUCUACAUUCUCAACUAAUUUACCAAAGACUUCAGAAACCACAGAUGAAACAAUUUUUGCUCAGCAUGCUAAUGUUGCGAAAUGGACACGUCGAGUCGAUCUUUUCAGUAAAGAUUAUAUUAUUAUUCCAAUUAACGAAUGUGCACAUUGGUUUCUUGGUCUUGUCUGCUAUCCAUGGAUGGCGGGAAUGGUCAGUUACACGGCUCUUUAUCGUGAAGAAGUCUAUCAUCUCUGCCAGUUGACAGAAAAAUUUACCGAUGUCGAUCGCAUCAACUUCUCAGGCGACGAUUUAAAUUCCCUAGAUAUUGGUGAAGAAGUUAUUCAAAGGUUGCCUACCGACACUCCAGGUGAAGCAUUUGAUCGGUGGCGGCGAAGACGUUUAGCCUGGCUUCGUCAACGUGGUGUUAACGCAAUUUGUCUACUGUAUUUCUAAGACCAUACACUUGGCGUUAACUCGUACCUCAAUAUGUUUAUCAGUUGGUCCAAAAUAUAACCCUAUGGCAAGUAAAUAACUUGAUAUUUUAGAGACUUUAUAAUCACUGUCACAUGUAUAUAUUCUAUUUAGUUAGCUUUAUUUGUUCUUUGUAUCUGUUACUAAAUCACAUUAUUUUGAAAAUACCCUGAAUAGGCCAUGUGUUUUACUAUUCGAUUCGCUUCCUUGUCAAAGCCGAGUUGGCAAUUUGCAUGUUAUUCGAAAUUAUUUACAAGCUGAAUGGAAUACUCGCAGAUCAGCCCAAGAUGGUGUUCUCCGCUUCGAUAAGGAUACAAUUCGAGGUUUUAGUCCUCGAGUGCCUGUUCAGAGUAACCUGGUUGAUUGUGGAAUCUACCUACUUCAUUAUGUGGAAAUGUUUUUCAAGAAACCUGUUCAAAGUUAUACGAAAGAUUAUUUCCAACACGAAAUGGCUGGUUGGUUUCCAGAAGCUACUGUCAGCCAGAAACGCGCCCAAAUCCAUGACCUUUUGGUUAACCUACGAGAGCGUACAUUGAUGGAGAAGGCUAAAAACUGAUUCCAAUACAAAUCACCGUAACACUGUUCCUUUUAUUAACUUGCGAAAUUCAAUUCUUAAAAUGGAUAUAACCACUCCAUCUUCUUGUAUAUAAAUACACUCCCAUCGUUCCUUUUGCAUUUUGAUUGUCAUUUUCGACAGUGUGCUUGGUUCGGGGACUACUACUAAACUAUUAUUGACACUUUUUGUAUUACAAUUCUUUCAGUCGAAUAUUUGCCUUCUACUUAUUUUAAAACACCGGGAUAUCAUCAAAUGAAUCUUAAUACAUUUGUUAAAACUAACUAUGAACCCACUAUUGUGUGAUUUUCUAGUUUUACUAUAUGUAAUACACCACUGACACCAACCAUAACGGUCAUUGUAAAGUUUUUCUUUCUGCACGCUAUUAUUAUUUUCAUAAAAGCAGGAAACUAAUAAUGUGUAUUUGUGCAUGUUUCUGUAUUUCCCAAUUUCCCAACUGCAUUGUAUGUCACACAGGUGAAGUUAUUAGUGAAUAUAUCGACCAAUCAUGUGUAAUUGAUUGAUGCGCUACUGACUAUAUGUAACCCUUUG